AAAUUGCCUAAGGGGGUUGUGGAGAUUUUUAAGAGCAAGUUAGACAAACACCUCUCAGGGAUGGUCUAGAUAAUACUUAGUCCUGCCAUGAGUGUGAUGACCUCUCCAGGCCCCCUUCAAUUCUAUGAUUCUAAGAAACUCUGAGUUAAAGUACCACACCUAGAUUCAAGUUGCCUUAUAUGCACAAAAACAGAGCCGUUGGCUUAUGUAUUGGGUGAGUCAUAGAAUACUGUAAUUUCAGCAUAUGCUGCCUUAUCUUGUAUUUUUCGUUCUGGUUCCAGAACUCCAAGGUAAUAUUCAGUGAAAUGAAAAGAUGGUAAAUUUUAAAUUGAUAAAGGCAUAUGUUUUUUCAUACAAUAUGUAAUUAGACAGUGGAGUUUAUUGUUACAGGAAGUUACUGAGACCAAGAACUUAGUAAGAUUCUAAAAAAUGAUUGGACAUUUAUAUGCAUAUCAAAGAUAUCUAGAGUUGUUAUAAUUAAUUAUACAAAUUUUGAAGGGGGUAUUAAGCCUCAUAUUUAAGGGUUUAAGCAAAUUUCUAGUAAAGAUCAGAAUAAGACCUAAUAUGGGGGCAGAUUAUCCUACAUCUCCCUACUGCAAUGUUCUGAAACCUUCCUCUGAUUUAGCUGGUACUGGUUGUUGUUGGAGACAGGAUACUGAACUAGUUGGACCUUGGGUCUGCUGCAGUAUGGCAUGUCCUGUGUUGCAAAAGAAUAGCUUCUCCCUGAAGCGAUUCAGCGUAUACUCUGCCCCCAUAGAGAUUGUUGCUGAAGUUUGAUAUCAGCAGUAGUGUAAAAGGGUAUUCCAUAACUUUGUGAAGUUUUUAUUGUUUUUAUUUCAUAAUGCUGUAAACUAUAGCAAACAAACCCAUUUUUAGUUGGAAAACUGAACUGACUUACCCUCUAACCUCAAAAGCAGACUCCAGCAUUGAUGAGUCAUGUUCUUUAGAAUGAUGUUCGGAGGACUGGUGAUAGGAAGAAAACCUUGUGUUUGCAAAUCUAAAGAUAGUCUGGAGCCUCUUCCAGUGAGGGGAUCUGACUUCGGUGCUUUAGGAGAUGAACCUGAACUAGUUGAAGUUGAACCUGAAGCCAAGCAGGAAGUCCUUGAAAACAAAGAUGUGGUGGUUCAACAUGUACACUUUGAUGGACUUGGAAGGACUAAAGAUGACAUUAUCAUGUAUGAAAUUGGUGACCUUUUCAAGGCUAAAAACCUCAUUGAUGUAAUGAGAAAAUCACAUGAAGCUCGUGAAAAGUUGCUCCGUCUAGGAAUUUUUAGGCAGGUGGAAGUUCUGAUUGAUACAUGUCAAGGAGAUGAUGCCCUUCCAAAUGGUUUAGAUGUUACAUUUGAAGUAACAGAACUGAGAAGACUAACUGGAAGCUAUAACACUAUGGUUGGCAAUAAUGAAGGCAGCAUGGUUCUUGGGCUCAAACUCCCUAAUCUCCUUGGACGUGCAGAGAAGGUGACCUUCCAGUUUUCCUAUGGAACAAAGGAAACUUCAUAUGGCCUAUCAUUCUUCAAACCACAGCCUGGAAACUUUGAAAGAAAUUUUUCAGUUAACCUGUAUAAAGUAACUGGACAGUUCCCUUGGAGCUCCCUUCGUGAGACUGACAGGGGACUAUCGACAGAAUUUAAUUUUCCCAUAUGGAAGACCAAUCACGCACUGAAGUGGGAAGGUGUUUGGAGAGAGCUUGGCUCUCUUGCAAGAACAGCCUCCUUUUCUGUUCGAGAAGAAAGUGGACACUCUCUUAAAUCUUCUCUCUCUCACACCAUGGUAAUCGAUUCUCGGAACUCUUCGAUCUUGCCAAGACGAGGUGCUUUGCUGAAAAUUAAUCAGGAGCUAGCUGGCUACUCAGGUGGAGAUGUGACCUUUCUAAAAGAGGACUUUGAGCUUCAGCUGAAUAAGCAACUUUUAUGGGAUUCAGUUUUUUCAGCAACUCUCUGGGGUGGAAUGUUGGUUCCUAUUGGAGAUAAGCCCUCCAGUAUUGCUGAUAGGUUUUACCUUGGUGGACCAACGAGUGUGCGUGGAUUCAGUAUGUACAGCAUUGGACCCCAAAGCGAAGGUGAUUACCUUGGAGGAGAAGCCUAUUGGGCUGGGGGCCUGCACUUGUACACACCUCUCCCUUUUCGGCCAGGUCGUGGGGGAUUUGGAGACCUCUUUAGAACGCACUUCUUCCUCAAUGCUGGAAACCUCUGCAAUCUUAACUACGGUGAAGGUCCCAAAGCUCAUCUCCGGAAGCUGGCUGAGUUCAUCCGAUGGUCUUACGGUGCUGGAAUAGUGCUCAGACUUGGAAACAUUGCUAGAUUAGAACUUAACUACUGUAUCCCUAUGGGAGUACAGGGUAGUGACAGGAUAUGUGAUGGUGUCCAGUUUGGAGCUGGAAUAAGAUUCCUGUAAUAUUACAGAAACACUUCAUGCUUCUGUCAAAAAAGAGAGCACUUGAAUAAAAUAUGGCUCACAGUGA